AUGCCUGAAGCCAACCUGCCCUCAGAGCCGAACCUUCGGGUAACGAUCAUUGCCGCAGAUGGCCUGUAUAAAAGAGAUGUCUUCCGCUUUCCCGACCCUUUCGCUGUCGCCACGAUUGGUGGCGAACAGACCCGGACCACUUCUGUUAUCAAGAAGACGCUCAACCCGUACUGGAACGAGGUCUUUGAUAUGAGAGCCGGAGAGGACAGCAUUCUCGCCAUUCAGAUCUUUGACCAAAAGAAGUUCAAGAAGAAGGACCAAGGCUUCCUUGGAGUCAUCAAUAUCCGCGUUGGCGAUGUUAUCGAUUUUGACGCAGGUGGUGAUGAAAUGCUCACUCGCGACUUGAAGAAGUCCACCGAUAACCUUGUCGUUCAUGGAAAGCUCAUCAUUAAUCUAUCUACUAAUCUAUCUGCACCCCCGACAAAUCAGCCUGGCCGUCCGCCGGCGAGCUCACAAGGCAACAUGAACGGUCAAACCUCCUUGGCCGGAGCCUCUACAAGCCAGCUCGCGCCCUCCUCUGGCACUAGUCCUGCCCCCUCUCGCACUACUACAGCGACCUCUGGCCCACCGCCUGACGCACGCGCCUCUGGUACCGCUCUCAAUGCACCUCCUGGUGGCCCGCAAACCAAUGGCGCAGGUCGCUCUGGUGGGUUCAGCUCUUUCGAGGACGCUCAAGGCCGUCUGCCUGCUGGUUGGGAACGACGAGAGGACAACCUUGGUCGGACGUACUAUGUUGAUCACAACACUCGCUCUACCACAUGGACCCGCCCAUCAGCUCACUUGAGCGAGGGUGAGCAGCGAAGCAGGAUGGAAGCCACCAUGCAGCAGGAAAGGCAGCGCCAUCAGAAUCGUAUGCUUCCAGAAGACCGCACCGGCGCUAAUUCGCCGAAUUUGCCAGAUGGUGGUGCCAGUGGUGGCAGUAGCUCACCCCCUCAAGCCAACGCGCUUCAGAUGAUGGCGACUGGGGCCACCACCGCAGGAACUGGCGAACUUCCAGCCGGGUGGGAACAACGGCACACUCCUGAGGGAAGAGCGUACUUCGUUGACCACAACACUCGGACGACUACAUGGGUUGAUCCUCGUCGCCAGCAGUACAUCAGAAUGUACGGCGGAAACCAGGCUAAUUCGACCUCGAUUCAGCAGCAACCUGUGUCUCAGCUUGGUCCAUUACCCAGCGGAUGGGAGAUGCGACUCACCAAUACCGCUCGAGUCUACUUUGUUGAUCACAAUACCAAAACAACCACCUGGGACGAUCCUCGACUACCAUCAUCUCUGGAUCAGGGCGUACCCCAGUAUAAGCGUGACUUCCGACGAAAGCUGAUCUAUUUCCGAUCUCAACCCGCGCUCAGGAUCCUGUCUGGGCAAUGCCACGUUAAAGUCCGUCGCGGCAACAUCUUCGAGGAUUCCUACGCCGAAAUCAUGCGGCAAAGUGCCACGGAUCUCAAGAAGCGACUCAUGAUCAAGUUCGAUGGAGAAGAUGGUCUGGAUUACGGUGGUCUCUCCCGCGAAUUCUUCUUCCUCCUCUCUCACGAAAUGUUCAACCCCUUCUACUGCCUCUUCGAAUACUCCGCCCAUGACAACUACACCCUGCAAAUCAAUCCUCACUCUGGCAUCAAUCCAGAGCAUCUCAACUACUUCAAGUUCAUUGGUCGUGUUGUUGGCCUGGCGAUUUUCCAUCGUCGCUUCCUCGACUCGUUCUUCAUUGGCGCUUUCUACAAGAUGAUGCUGCGCAAGAAGGUUCAAAUCAAUGACAUGGAAGGCGUAGACGAGGAGUACCACAAGAACUUGACGUGGACACUCGACAACGACAUCACAGAUAUUUUGGACCAGACAUUCAGCGUCGAGGACGAACAGUUUGGCGAGACGAAAACCAUUGACCUCAAACCCGGCGGGCGCGACAUUCCCGUCACUAACGAGAACAAGCGCGAAUAUGUAGAACUCGUUACCGAGUGGAAGAUCGUCAAACGCGUUGAAGAGCAGUUUAAUGCUUUCAUCACUGGCUUCAACGAGCUAAUCCCUGCGGAUCUCGUUAAUGUCUUUGACGAGCGCGAGCUGGAAUUGCUGAUAGGUGGUAUUGCUGAUAUCGAUGUGGACGACUGGAAGAAGCACACCGACUACCGCGGCUACCAGGAGUCCGACGAAGUCGUGCAGAACUUCUGGAAGGUUAUUCGCACGUGGGAUGCAGAGCAGAAGUCCAGAUUGCUACAAUUUGCGACCGGCACCAGUCGCAUUCCUGUCAAUGGAUUCAAGGAUUUGCAGGGAAGUGAUGGCCCCAGACGGUUCACGAUCGAGAAGGCGGGUGAGAUCAAUGCAUUGCCCAAGAGUCAUACUUGCUUCAAUCGACUGGAUCUGCCACCAUACAAGAGCUACGAGGUAUUGAACAGCAAGCUCAGCACGGCCGUCGAAGAGACGUUGGGCUUUGGCCAGGAAUAA